GAAGAGUUGGGAAACAGACUUGAAGCUCGGGAUGUGGAGGGGGCCUCAUCUAGCCAGCUGGAAGAUCAAAAGCUGCUGAGACAGAAAAUGGAGGAGAUGCAGAAUAUCUUCAGCAACGUCAAGCAGAACUUUGGCAAAAUAAACGUCGCUCCGGAGUUCAGCGAGGAGGACCUUGUACCUGUUGAGAUACCUGACAUACUGGAUCCCUCCUGGUCAGAAGAUGAGCAAGACGAGGAAAAUGAGGAGGAUGAGGAAAAAGUGGAAGAGCAGAUUGGAGAACAACAGGAAGAAGAAUCCACUGUUUCCAGCUCCCCAACCAAAGCAGAGAAAAGGAGCACACGUGAAGUGAAUGAAGAGAUAGAUGAGAAGAUUGCCAAAUUAAAACAUUUUCUUGAUCGUGCCAAGUCAAAGCACUUCUCCGCCAUAAGAAUUCCUAAAGGCCUUUCUGAGAAGGUGUUCAAUGAAACCAUAGCAAAGCAGAAUGGUGCAAAGAAUGAGCAACAGAAAGGUACAACCAGCUAAUGUCUCAGUUACGUA